AUGACCACUGGCUCUAUUCAUAUUGAUAAUAAUGGUGUUAUUCAUCUGCCAUUUGGACAGGCAGUUGAACAAUAUCUUAAUUCACUUUCUAUCUCAUAUGGUAUUCAUUAUAAGGUUCAAAGCAGAAAGAGAGUGAAUGAUACAGUGAAACAGGAACUUGUAAUAAUUCAGUGUAUAGAAAGUUUAGCUGAUUAUAUUAGUUGGAAAACUGUAAAAGGUCAAUAUAAAUCUACAAAUUGUCUUGAUGAUGUCUUACAAUUAACUGACAGUGAAAAAAACCGAGUUCAGCAAAUUAGUAUAGGAAAAGAAAAAGACCUUCAAGUUUGGCGAUGGACUUGGUUUUGUUCUGGUGAAAUUAUGCUUUCUGAAGUAGAUACAGACUUACCUAUGCGUAUGAUUAUUAGUGGUAAUUAUAUUUUACAAAAUAUUAUACAUGAACGAGCAAUAUCUAGAAUUAAUCUAAGUCAGGAGGCAUGUGAUUUGGCAAUUUUAAAUCGUAGAGCUAACAAAAACACAACCAAAGAAGUUAAAAUGAAGCUUCUUGCACCUCAUAAUAGUGUUUCACCAAAUGAACUACAAAAAUUAUAUAACAAUCAAAGGUCCAUAUGUGAUGAUGUCAAACUUCACCAACUUCUUGAGAGAGAUGACUUACGUAUAAGAAAAAAUACAGGACCAUGGACAAUAGUGCAUAAGUUAGUAACUGGUAUAUUAAAAGAAAAGGGUGAUAUUUUGUAUUAUCAACAGUCAGACAUUAAUGUGAAUGAAGAUAUUGACAGAAAAUAUGACUUGAAUAGUGAUAGUGCACCAGUAUUGUUUCUUGUUGUUGAAGACUGUGCAGGGUAUGGGACACCAAUUGCAUUCGGAGUGUCAAAUAAAGAAAAUAAUCAUACAAUUAGACUUGCUGUAGAAGCAUAUAUAGAACUGACAAAUGGUAAAGGAUUUAUGAGAAUUCGGCAUUGUGCACAAAAGUGGCACCCAUAUGCAAUGAUUGAUAAACAUCAUCCAACAAAGCAGGGGCUUCAACCCAUUUUUCAUAAAUUAAUUUUAUGUUGGUUUCAUAUUAUGCAAACACUUAGAAAACAUUUUAAAGAUUUAAGAAUUGCUGAUCAUUAUCGAUAUUCAAUUGCUAUUGCAUUUAAGGUUGUAGAUAGAAGCAGAAAUAAAGAGGAAGCUAUAGAGCUUGGUCAUGCUUAUGAAUUAUUUAUUAGAACUCUACCACUUCCAGAAAUUACUAAAGAAUGUUUGUGCAAUGAUAUAUUUGCUAAUUGGUUAUCUGAAGAAUGGAUUGAUUGUUUUAUCGAUGGUGGUUGGUUGCCUUCUGUAAAUGAUCACCCAGGUGUAAAACCUAUGACUACAAAUAAUCUUACAGAACAAAUGAACAAAUCAAUCAAAGGCAGACAUGAAAAUUCUUCACAAUUUAUAUUUGAAGCUGGUCAAGAACGACUAUGUGUUUUACUUUAUUUAGUAAAACCUGUAGUUGGUGAAAAUGACUUAUAUUUCUAUGUUAAAAAAGGAAAUAAUAAGUUUCACUUUUUAUAUACUAUGAAAUAUAUUAACCUUGAUAAUGAAUCAUAUCAAUUACUUCAGCCACUAUUAAAUAAGCUUAUUUCUAAGCAUCCAAACGGGUCUUUCCAUGAUGUGUGCAAGCAUGUACAUGCAGCACACCUAUUUAAUGAUAUAGAAAAUGGUAAGACUACUCUAAAUGCAGUAAAAAAUGAUCUUGUAAAAUAUUUCUGCAAAAAGGAAUGUGCAGCACCAGCCGAACAAAAAAACUUAAUAAUUUAUAGUGAAUCUACUAAAAUUGCAUUUGAAGAAAUCCUUCAGAUUUUCUCAUUGCAAGGCAAUGAUAUAUUUUUUCUAUACAAAUAUAAAACUACAGAAAAGAACCCAUUCCGUCUUAUUGAACUACCUGAGUGA